AUGGCUGUAUCCUGGGUGAUGAGAUGGGUCUUGGGAAGACUUGUCAGGUUUGCUCCAGGUCUUUCCUUUGUGACAUACAUAGGCAACAAGGAGGAGCGACCCAAACUGCAGCAGAAUCUGAAAGAGCGAGCUCACUUCCAUGCGCUCUUGACAACAUAUGAGAUUUGUCUGAAAGAUGCAGCAUUUCUCAAAUUCUUUAACUGGGCUGCCUUGGUUGUAGAUGAAGCUCACCGACUGAAAAAUCAAAGUUCUCUGCUUUACAAGACACUUUCUGAGUUCUCAGUAGGUUUCAUCCUGCUACUCACAGGCACUCCAAUCCAGAACAGCCUCCAGGAACUGUACUCCUUACUCAGCCUUAUUGAGCCUGACAUCUUCCCUAGGGAAGAAGUGAAAGAGUUUGUUGAUUAUUACCAAGGAAUUGAAAAGGAGAGUGAGCCAGGGAAUCUUCUGCAGCCAUUUUUGCUUCGAAGAGUCAAGUCUGAGGUGGCUGCAGAGCUGCCAAAGAAGGUGGAAGUGGUUCUGUACCAUGGAAUGUCAGCUCUGCAAAGGAAGUACUACAAGGCCAUUUUGACAAAAGAUUUAGAUGCGUUUGAAAGUGAAACAGGAAGAAAGGUUACACUUCAGAAUGUCUUAAUUCAGCUUCGGAAGUGUGUUGCGCACCCGUACCUCUUCAAUGGUGUUGAGCCAGAACCCUUUGAGAUUGGAGACCAUAUUGUGGAAGCCAGUGGCAAGCUGUGUUUGUUGGACAAACUCCUUUCGUUCUUGUAUGCUGGUGGCCACCGUGUCUUGCUCUUUUCUCAGAUGACUCAACUGCUUGAUAUCCUGCAAGACUACAUGGACUAUAGAGGCUACAGCUACGAGCGGCUGGAUGGUUCUGUUCGGGGUGAAGAGAGACACCUUGCCAUUAAGAACUUUGGUCAACAGCCCAUCUUUAUCUUCCUGCUGAGCCCCAGAGCAGGUGGAGUUGGCCUGAACCUGACAGCAGCAGAUACAGUUAUUUUUACUGAUAGUGAUUUUAACCCACAAAAUGACUUGCAAGCAAUAGCACGAGCUCACCGGAUUGGGCAGCACAAGCCUGUAAAAAUUAUCCGCUUGAUUGGGCGAGAUACAAUUGAAGAAAUAAUCUACCGAAGAGCUGCUUCUAAGCUCCGGCUGACAAAUGCAGUUGUAGAAGGGGGUCAGUUUGCUCUGGGAGCACCCAAGCCUCAGGGAGCAGCAGAAUUACAGCUGAGUGAAAUCCUGAAAUUUGGCUUGGAUAAAUUGCUCUCCUCUGAGGGGAGUACAAUACAGGAUGUGGAGCUAGAAAACAUCCUUGGAGAGACAAAAGGAGGGAAGUGGGUAAUGGACGUUGUGCUGCCACACGGAGAAGAGAGUGAAGAGGAGGACACAGAGAAUCACAUGUACGUGUACGAAGGCAAAGAUUACUCAAAAGAACCCAGCAGAGAAGACAAAAAAGCAUUUGAUCAGCUUUUGGAUCUUCAGAAAGCCUUGACUGAAGAGACCAGUAAGGAAGGGAGAGCUCUCCGGAACAAAGCAAACGCCCUUCUCACAGGCCUCCGGGAACAGUCAACCAGGAGGAAGCAUUUGUUGAGUGAAGAGGAGCUGGAGGCUAGGAGGAAGAAGCGCCAGGAGGCAGCAGCAAAGAGGGCAAGGCUCAUGGAGGAAAAGAAGAAGGCAAAAGCAGAGGCAGAACACAAGAAAAAGAUGGCCUGGUGGGAGGCAAAUCAUUACACGUCUACCUGCCUUCCUUCAGAGGAAAGUGACUCUGAGGAAGAGUUUGAGGAGGAUGAGGCUGGGCUGAAUGUGAGUUUGGAUUAUGAAGAUGCAGACUUGAACUGUAUCAAGUAUGUCAUGGGAGAUGUCACCCACCCCAAAGCAGAAGAGGAGGAUGCCAUCAUUGUCCACUGCCUAGAUGACUCUGGCCGCUGGGGAAGGGGUGGUUUAUUUACAGCUCUGGAGGCUCGUUCUGAUCAGCCAAGGAAAAUAUAUGAGAUGGCAGGAAAGAUGAAAGACCUGGAGUUAGGAAGAACCCUGUUAUUCCCCAUUGAUGAUAAAAAAUCCAGGAAAAAAGGGCAAGACUUGUUGGCCUUGAUUGUAGCUCAGCACCGGGAUCGGUCCAACAACUUGUCUGGCAUUAAGCUUUGUGCUUUGGAAAAGGGCCUGAAGAAGAUUUAUUUAGCAGCCAAGAAAAGGAGUGCAACAGUGCAUCUUCCACGUAUUGGGUAUGCAACAAAAGGUUUCAACUGGUAUGGUACCGAGCGGCUCAUCCGAAAAUAUUUGGCAACACGGGGUAUCCCCACUCUUAUAUACUACUUCCCUAGGAAUAAAGGCUCUUCCUUUGCUUCACAACCAUAUUCAUCUUCAACAACAGUCUCAAAGCCAUGAAGAUGCAGUAAUUUUAUUGAGAAACAUGCACAAAAAGCCAAGGAUCUCUUCAGUAUCACACAGACGAUCUGUAUGCAUCCACUUUAGAAACAUGGCUUACACAGCUGUUAUUUGCCGCUGCAUCUGUCUGCCUUUAUUGGACAGAA